AUGGCUGCUGGCAAAGGAAUGAGGAACGUGGCUCCUAAGUUUUUGAGCCCUCCCACAAGUUGGGAUCAGCAGGAGGUUCAACACAGACAGGCAAAAGAAGGCCCGGUGGACAAAGUGGAGGCACAAAGGGCACCAGGGAUAAUCACUCGGCUCCCAGAACCUCUCCCCCCAGCACCCGCCACAGCACCUGCCAAGCCGUCCCUCAGCCCAAGUUCAAAUUCUAAUUCUACUGGAGAGGUCAGCGUGUAUGUGGACCUGGCCUAUGUUCCCUCCGGAAUCUCCUCUCCAACCAUCGAUGUGGACUUCUUCAGAUGUGUUCGCUCUUCCUGUUACAUCAUCAGUGGGGACAGCCCGGAGAGGGAGGAGCUUAUGAGACGUACGCUGGAUGCGCUGUUUGAUGGCAAAACAUCCUGGCCUGACACUAUGCAGGUGACAGUGAUCCCCACCUUUGAGUCGCUGUCCAUGCAGGAGUGGUACCAGCAGACCCUGGACAGACAGAGGGAGCUGAGCAUCACUGUCCUGGGCUCCAACAGCACUGUGGCCAUGCAGGAUGAGACCUUUCCUGCCUGCAAAAUAGAGUUCUAAAGCAGGGCUAAUGGGACACAGGCCCAUAUAUUUCUUAAGAUGGGAGCAAAGGAACUAGCUGUGUACUAUUGGGCAAUGGUAACUUGGAGCCCUCCCAGAAGCCACAUCAAUUCCCACUACAGGCUUAUGUGUCAUGCAUGUAAAAUGUUGCUGUUGUUUCAUUCAUGAUAUUCAUGAGCACCAAAAGGACUGGUAACUUUUAGAGAGAGAGAGAGAGAGAGAGAGAGAGAGAGAGAGAGAGAGAGAGAGAGAGAGAGAGAGAGAGAGAGAGAGAGAGAGAGAGAGAGAGAGAGAGAGAGAGAGAGAGAGAGAGAGAGAGAGAGAGAGAGAGAGAGAGAGAGAGAGAGAGAGAGAGAGAGAGAGAGAGAGAUGUUACCUAGAAAACAGAACAUUACCUGUUCAGUUUGCAUAUGAAUCAGUGUCUAUGUAUGCAAUCAUUUUGAAAUAUAUGGGCUGUGGGUCCUGUAGAAUAAAUAAU